CUUUGUAUUUGAAUAUAGGUUAGGUAACACGAAUCCAAUGAACAUAAUGACCACAGAAGAUCCAGCAGACCAAUCAGAUUUAAUUUGCGUAGAAGAAAGUCUUAUGAGUUUAGAGAAACUAGAUAGAGCAUCGCCAGAUUUAUGGCCUGAACAAAUUCCAGGUGUAAAUGAAUUUGUAGCUCAAAAUUCACCUCAAACAGAACCAUCAUCUUGGGCUGCAGGUCUUACACCAGAUGACAUAAAUCAAUUGCAUCAUUUAGGUAAUUUGUCAAUGGGUGGUUUAAUAUCCGAGGUUAAAAAAUUACACGAUAUGGCAUAUCAGUUAGGAUUGGAAGAAGCAAAAGAGAUGACCCGUGGAAAAUAUUUAAACAUUUUCAAGCAUAAAUAACAGAUAUUUUCUAAUCCAUCUUGUGUAUUUCUGUACAUUCACAAAGACUGUUGGGAAGUUGCGAUUCAUGUUACAGUUGGAACCAUAUGAUAAAAUGCCUAACUGAAAAUUAUAUUGGCACAAUUGUAGUUUUAUAAAUAUAUAAUUUAGUAGGAGUUCAUAAAAUAGUAAGUAAAUAUUAUUAUUACCAAAAAAUAUGUAUUUCCUUGUUUGAAUAAAAGGGGACUUCCAUUAUAUCCUGAA